AGAGAGAGAGAGAGAGAGAGAGAGAAACAAAGGCGAUUCCUUCAAUAACCACUUAUAUAAAUCAUAUCCAAGAAUCGAUGUCUGGUUCAAUAACAGUCUCCAACUCCAAGGAAAAACAUCCUCAAUAUGUGUCUGCGGUCAAGCUUAUGUUUGAGGACGAAGAAAUUUCCGGUUCUGUCCCAGAAUUUUGUAAUACAAAGGACUUUUACUCUGAUCUGAUUCGCGCUCAUCUCAAGCCCCAAACAAUCCUACGUGGCCGAGUCUCCUGCCUGCUCUCCAUCACACCCGCUAUCAAUAAUGUUUAUCGUUCAGUACAUGGAGGGGCAGUGGCAUCUAUUGCAGAGAUAGUGUCAAUUGCUUGUGCUAGAACUGUGGUGGCUGAGGGUAAGGAACUCUUUCUUGGGGAACUGUCCAUAUCAUAUCUCUCCGGUGCUCAAACUAAUGCAGAGGUGUUAGUGGAUGGGUCUGUAGUGAGGAGUGGAAGAAAUUUGACUGUAGUGGCAGUGGAGUUCAAACUCAACAAGACUGAGCAGUUGAUCUAUACUGCUCGUGCUACUUUCUAUCAUAUGCCCGUCGCCAAGUUGUGAAGUCUUUGCGGUUUGACAUAUUUGAAUGUUGGAAUUUUAAUUUGAAUCCCUCCCCAAUUAACAUGUCUAAACUUGCUAAAAUUUGCAGUGAUUCAGCAUAGUAUAUGACAUACAUGAUAUUUAGCUGAUAAUGGUCUUUCACAUCUGAUAUGCGAAAAAAAAUUGGUGUAAAAUUUGCAGCGAUUCAGCAUAGUAAAUGACAUACAUGAUAUUUAGCUGAUAAUGGUCUUUCACAUCUGAUAUGUGAAAAAUUUGGUGGGAUGUUGUUGUAAAAUAAAAUAAUUUAGU